UACCAAAUCGUCCAAGGAAACACUGUAAAAUCAACAAGCAAUAAAAACAAAAACAAAAUCUUACAACAAGCAAAAAAAAAAAAAAAAAAAAAAACUAAAAAUGGAGGCCAAAAAGCUUGUUGCAGUGUUUCUGAUGUGCAUGGUUGUGUUAACAGCUGUGUCCGUCUCCAAGGUUGAAGCCACAGAAGAAGAGUACAAGGAUUGCUACAACACUUGUCACCAAGAAUGCUCUCAACAAGGCCAAGGUUAUACCUUUUGUGAGGUGAAGUGUGAUGAAGACUGCUCCAGGAAGGACUUCGUAGCUCAAUUCCCUAAAUUCAAGGCUUAAGGAGGAGGACCAAAAAGAUACAAGAGAUGAGCACAUACAGCUGAAGAAUAAUAAAGCAGUGGAAUUGUAUUAUAUUUCUGCUAAAUACUUCAUCAUUUUCUUUUCCACUACUGGUUGUAAUUUUCAAUAUUCAAUAAAAUCAUCCAUUUCUUAA